AUGUCGAAUCCAUCAAAAGAUCAUCCAUCAAUUCGUCUUCAUGCACCACCGGGUGGUCAUAGUAAUAAUAUCUUUGGUACUAAUCCUGAAGAAACACAUGCGAAUGCUGCAACUAUGGCUAGUCAAUAUAAACAAACACAAAUGAAAUCAAAUAUUUUUGGAACGGAUGAACCAGCACCAGUACGUUCUGUUUCGAAUAAAAAUAGGUCAAAUGUCUUUGGUAAUGCCGAUGAUGAUGAACAAAAUAAACGUCAAUCAGGUGUUCGACAAGGUUUACGAGCGGGAUAUAAUCCAAUUAAUGGUGAAUACUAUUCAACAAAAGACAAUAUAAAUUCAAAAACUACUGAAAAUGACAAACAAACAGUUUUACCAACUAAAACAAGUGAAGGAGAGCAUGAUAAUGCUCAAGCAACAUCAACGAAUUCAGCUGACAAUAAUAAUAUUAAAAAAACAGUGGAGAAACCAGAUAAUACUAAUGAUGGGAAUAACGCUCAAAAGGUAAGGAAAUAUUUAAUUGAAUGGCAAUAA